GCCAGCUACUUAUCCUUGAUAUUUCUAAUGGAUUCCAGAGGUCUAAUCCUCCAUGGGUAAUUGGUCCUUCGGGUCCCAAGGUUGCAUAUCACACAGUUAGUGUGGGUGGUUCUCAGAAUGAACUCUUAGUCGUGUAUGGUGGUGAAUCCG